AACCUGCUGUCACUCUGGCAAUUAUAGAUAAGUUGGAAACUAUUCGAAAAAUUGUCUGUGUUAGCAGAAACCUCAUUGGGCAGAGCCGAAUGACCGUUCUUAGAGACAAUACAAAAUGACCCUGGAUGCAACUGCACUCCCUUCAGAGCUUCUAGUGCCGCCGCAACCUCUAAUUGGCUUUGCCGGACUCGACAUCACCAAAUCUUCGAUCCAUAAAACAAUUUGGGACACUUUCAAUAAUAACAAAAGGCCAGAGAGGGGAACUGUACAGUACAAGCUACUUCCACCAAACUAUGAGUUUCCCGUCUCAAAGCCAAAAAGAGCGUCGUAUGAGUGGUACCACCCCAAGGGGAUCUUUAAGCGCAACUGGAUGCUCAAACACCUUCAUGUUUUGCCUGCGGUCGUCGUCCUCUUUCAGGACCUAGAAUGGAACGACCCGCAGUGGUCGGAGAAGCAGCUGCACUGCGCCUCGCUCAUUCAAUCGCUGAAAAACAAUUUACAGGGACGCAAUACUCGCUUGGCUUUAGUGCUCAUUCAGAAAACUUCACCGCUCCCCGCUUCCGAGGACUUGUUUGCUUCAGAAAGAGCUGCCAGCUUGACGACCUCCUGUGCAAUCAGCGCAAAAAUGCUUUUCAUUCUUCCACACAGUGAUCACCUCUCAGGUUACACCGUUCGCCUAGAGUCAGCUUUCCUGGAAAUGGCUCAAUCUUACUAUUCGCAAAUGUCCAAGAGAGUUCGCAUGCACCGCGACCAACUGACAUCUGCCCACCAAACACUGAGAAUUCGCCAUCAAUUCAAGCUGGGCUUCAUAUCGGAAAUGAGAUCAGACUUUAGUACAGCUUUGAAGCACUAUACUCAGGCAUACUCCAAUCUAGAUGAAAUUCAAAUAAAAGAAGCCAAUUGCCUCGAACUGAAGACCCUUGCUGGAUUCCUGAAUUAUAAAAUUUGCAAACUCAUGUUCAAGCUGAAAAUACCCAGAGAUUCGAUUAAUCAUUUCAUGAAUCACAUAGAAAAAUACAAAAGCCAUGUAGGCUACAAGGAGUUGCUGUUCGAACAUUACGCAUGGUUGAGUGUGCAGUACAGCGCCUUCGCCGAAUUAUUCUGUGAAGCAAUAAAAUGCGGACUUCCAGCCCUUCAAACGCAACAUCCUGGGAUUUAUUUUCACAAAGCCGCUGAGUAUAUUGGAAAACGAAAAGAAGCGUUUCUGCAAUGUUGCUCAUUGAGCCUUUCACCUACCGAUAGUGAAAUGAAUAAUGCAACAACAAAGCCAACAAACUUAAUCAGCGACUUCUACGGAAUACGAAAUACCUCAAUCAAUGGAGAAUUCAUUUCAGAACAACAAAUAAUUUCACUUGUACAAGAUGCAGAAAGAAACUUUAACCAUUCGGCUAGCAUAAUCACCUUGCUUGGGCAGGCGAUGGCACAAUUUAAAUUUUACAAAUGCUUACGAUUUCGCAAGAAACUUGCCAUUGACAUGGCUGAGGAAUAUUUCAAAUGUGGCGAUCAUGCCAAAGCCCUAACGCUUUAUUCACUAAUGCUUCCGGACUAUCGCCAAGAUGAAUGGAAUGUAAUAUUCACCGAGGUAUUGCUGAAAACACUUCGUUGUGCAUUUCUGUCAGCUUCAGUUGCAGAUUUCAUGUCAUGCAGUAUUGAAUCGUUGAGUCCUAACAUCAAUUGUGAUCAAAAGGAGAGGAUAGUAGUCUUAGAGAACUUAUGGAAGGUAUUCCAGAAUGUGCCCCCUGUAUCGCAAAGUGUUAUUGCGCCCGAAUUGCGAUCGAGCUGGGAAGCGUCACUUUCUGCCUUUAAAUCGCCUAUCACAGUGGACUUAGAGAAAAUAUCAGGAUUAUUUGAAUGCAUAGUAAGUUUCGAUAAGGCUCAAAUAAAGAAUGACGACAAGGUGAUUGUUAAACUAUUUAUAAGAUCAAAAACAGAUGUACCACUAAGAAUUAAACAAUUUAGUGUAGUUUUGUCAGAUGGAGUAGAAAAUGUUAAGCUAAAAGCAAUAAACGCUUGGUCAUUCGAUAGCUUAGGAGAAUUGAGAAAUAACGAAUUCAACGGCAAAGAUUUCCCAAUCACAAAAUUAGAUGCAGAUUUUAGAGUAGAGCCAGGGAAAUCAUAUAAGAUUUUGUUCGACAGUGAAUCACAUCAGUUUUUAGAAAACAUUGAAUUACAGGUUUCACAUGUAGAAAUAGAAAUGGGAACUGAUCGGCAUUACAUGGUACUAACGAAAGCUACUAAAGGUGUCAACAGACCUUUUAGAAAUUAUAACCGUUUUAAAGAUUUGAUUGAUAACAUUAAAUACAAUCCGACAUGCUACGUUGUUCCAACAUUCCAUUUGACCACGCAGAACAACCAAAUGCAGCAAAUGUUUGUCAAUGAAUUCUUCAAGGUAGCAUGCAGUGUAACGAAUACAUUCAACGUGUUUCUUCAGAAUGUCGGCAUAAGUAUUACGGUCCCAUCAAACUUCAGGAACACAGUAUUCCUUGCAACGGAUCUCACACCAAACCGCCAGAAACUACUGUCCCACAUUCAAUUUGAUAUUGGUGAAUUGCAGAUGCAAGGCAAUUCCAGUAUUGUGUACUACGUUUUUAGUUUGUCAGAAGCAAACAUUGAGCUUCAGCAGAAAGUAUGGUAUCAUUUAGAAACAUCAAGGCCACGUCUAAACUCUGAACAUUCACUACCUGAAGAAAAUACCGUACCAAAUAAAAUGGAGAAAUUCCCAUGUAGAAUCAGUUCCAAUAUCAAGAUUGAAGUUGAAGACGGCAAUCGACUGAAGAAAAUUAAGGAGGAUGUUAUCAUGUUCUCAUGUGUUCCAGAAUUUAAAUUUUCUGGUCGAUUUUACACACUCAAUCGGCAGCCCUUAUUGAAAGCGUACCGUGGCGAAAACUUUCUUUUUCGAGCGAAUAUUGAAGUACAGACACCCUGUAAUAUAGAUAUUUUAGAAACGUAUUUCAUGUGUGAUCAUAAUUUAAAUCAAUCACCUUAUAGUUUUAAAAGAAAAAAGCAUAGCAAUAUAUAUAGUUGCGGUGACAACAUAGAAGACAUAAUUUUGUUGCGAUCCAACGUUUGCACACCAGAUUGGGUUACACAAAAUAAUUUCGAACAAAGUAGAGAUAACUUCCCCCUGUUUACCCGGUUUAGAAAAGCUGCAAGACGUGAGACAAAGUCUGCCAUAAAAGUAGAGAACUCUAACGCAGUUACUAAGAAUUUGAACACGAAAUCAUCUACUAAUGCAGCAAUAUUUGGUGGCAACUUAUCAAGCAGCCAAAUUUCGAAUAUGAGCAACUCUCUAACAUCGGAAGACGGUAAACUGCUGGCAGAUGAUGUCGCCUACAAAGAUAGUAAUCACGUAGAUACUAAAGCUGUAACUAAAGUGGUUUACAAUAGAGCAAAAGAUGCUCUCCAAGCGACAGGUCACUGCCGUGGUUUCAUAAAGGGAAUUUCAUUAUACGAAUCAGCCAGUAAUCUAGUGCCGUUUUUCGGUGUUUAUUGCAUUAAAUGGCGCCGAACUGGAUACAAAGAUGAAAAUGAGUCUAAGUUUAUCAUAAGCGGGAUUGAAGUUGAGGAACCACUCAUGAAUAUAUAUUGCGCCAUAGAAGAUAAAAUGUUUGUAAAAAUACCAAUGACGCUUAAAAUAGUGCUUAAUAAUCCAACUUCGAAGGUUAUUCAUCUUAUUGCGGCUCUCAGCAAUACAGAUAGUUUUAUGUGUUCCGGACAUAAGCAGCUAAACAUUUCAAUUUUUUCCCAAUCGGAGCAAGAACUAAUUUAUAAUUUGUACCCACUCAAAGUCGGAUGGCAAAACUUACCAGACCUCACUCUUGAAUAUAAUACUCAAUUGGAUCCGGAUCGAGACGAAUUACAACAGUCCUUGCUAAGUCACCUAGUACAGCGAUCUAUGCCCAAGAAAGUAUUCAUUCUUCCUCCCCCGAAACAGCACUCUUUAUUUAAGUAGAAAAUCAAUGAAUCCAGUUCUAGUUCAUAAAUUGUGAAUCCCGGUACGAAGUACACCAGGUUUACAUUUAUCAAAUCAUAACGAUUCGAUUUAGAAUAGAAUAUAUGCAAACAAUAUUGAAAUAAAUGUCUUGCGACCUUCCCAAGUCUAUAGAUUCACUGGUUAUCGACUUGUCGCAUACUUUUCGUAAUAGGUGUUUAGGAAAGUAAAACUGGUAUAAAAGCCCAUUGUUUGCAGUUAAAUGUCGUUUUUAAUAGAAACAAAAUUACGUAUUGUUUUAUAUUUGUAAAAUAUAUAAAGGAUUACACGAUUAAAGUUUUAUGAAUGCAUAAAAA